UAAUGACGGUGAGUGAGGACUGAUAAUCUCUGCUGUCAGUCAGAUCAGAGCACAGACAGCAUCACACUCUCCGUCUGUAAAGCUCGUCUUUAUACUGACUUCAGAAAGUCUCGAGGCAUCGCGUGGAAGAUGAAAUAACCGUUUCUGAAGAUGAUGCGCGGAUACAGACCGACUCCCGUCUCCAACUCGACUCUGUCCUUCUGUGGCUCUGAUAACUCCUCAGCAUAUAAGGUUGAUAAUGGCCUGCUGAAUAACGGCUGCUUUCUGGACGCUCUCGGUGUCGUCCCUCAUGUCUUCUUGCUGUUUAGCACCUUCCCCAUCCUCUUCAUCGGUUGGGGCAGUCAGAGCUCUAAGGUUCACAUUCAUCACAGCACAUGGCUUCAUUUCCCCGGUCAUAACUUCCGCUGGCUGCUCACCGUUGUCCUGCUGUUUGUGCUGGUGUGUGAGAUCGCUGAGGGAAUCGUGUCGGACGGGUUUAAUCAGUCCCGUCAUCUCCACCUCUACAUGCCGGCAGGACUCGGGAUGCUUGCUGCCAUCACCUCCAUCAUCUACUACCAUAACAUAGAGACCUCCAACUUCCCCAAGCUGCUCAUAGCAUUGCUGAUCUAUUGGACUUUGGCAUUUAUCACCAAAACCAUCAAGUUUGUGAAGUAUGACGAUCACGGCAUCGGUCUGAUGCAGCUGCGUUUCUGCAUCACAGGACUGCUGGCGCUUCUGUACGGCCUGCUGCUGGGAGUCGAGGUCAAUGUGGUACUGCGGAGGCGCUACAUGUGGUUUCCGUGUCCCACAGAGGUCAAGCCUCCGGAUGACCUCCAGGACCUGGGCGUUCGUUUCCUUCAGCCGUUCGUGAAUCUGCUGUCUAAGAGCACAUACUGGUGGAUGAACACCUUCAUCACCUCCGCACACAAGCGGCCCAUCGACCUGAAGACCAUCGGCAAGCUGCCCAUUUCCAUGAGAGCUCUGACCAACUUCCAGCGGCUCCGCAAGGCCUUCGACGCUCAAGCAGUACAGUAA